AUGAAUGCACGUCUCACAGGUGUGGUCACAGCAGAAGAGAUAAGAAAAGCUGCUUUCAGUGUCAAGGGAAGUAGUGCUCCUGGAGAAGAUGGUCUCACCGGUAUUUUCUAUCAGCGCUUUUGGCAUAUAGUUGGUCCUACUCUGGUUGAUGAGAUUCAAGAAUUUUUCAGAUCAGGGAUAAUGCCCGAGGGGUGGAAUCACACCUUAUGCUCUGUUCAGUACAAGAUAAUCUCUAAAAUUCUCUGUAACCGCCUCAAAACAGUUCUUCCUGCUAUUAUAUCAGAGACUCAAGGUGCAUUCGUCUCAGGUCGACUUAUCUCGGAUAAUAUCAUCAUUGCCCAUGAGAUGAUUCAUGGAUUACGCACGGAUAAGAAGGUUGCAGAAGGCUGGAUGGCGAUAAAAACGGACAUGUCGAAAGCAUAUGACCGGGUUGAAUGGAAUUUUCUGGAGAUUUUUCUUGAGAAAAUGGGUUUUGACAGACUUUGGAUUAGAUGGAUUAUGGCGUGUGUGUGUUCUGUUUCCUUUUCGGUCCUGUUGAAUGGAAGUACUCAUGGCCAUAUCAAACCAGAACGUGGGAUUCGUCAAGGCGACCCGUUAUCACCAUUUCUUUUCAUAUUAUGUGCUGAAGCAUUGGUGAGUUGUUUGAACACAUCUGAGGAAGCUGGUCGCCUUCAUGGAGUUAAACUUUCCGAAUCUUGUCCUUCGGUUCAUCAUCUCUUAUUUGCUGACGAUAGCUUGCUUAUCUGCAAAGCUACUGUGGAGGAAGCCUCCGAACUUAUGGCGUGCAUUCACUUAUACGAGGAGGCAUCAGGUCAGAUGGUGAAUAAACAGAAGUCCUCUGUAAUUUUUGGAGCACUAGUACCAGAGGCUAUAAAGAAUGAACUCAAAUCCAUACUGGGAAUCGAUGUGGAAGGAGGAGAAGGUUCUUACCUGGGUCUCCCGGAAUGUUUCAGCGGCUCGAAAAGGAAGCUUCUCAGCUUUAUUAGAGAGAAGUUGCAAGGUCGGUUGCAAGGAUGGUUUGCCAAAUCCUUGUCUCAGAGGGGUAAGGAAAUCUUGUUGAAGUCCGUUUGUUUGGCUCUACCUGUUUAUGCGAUGUCCUGCUUCAAAUUACCUAAAGACGUGUGUUCGAAAUUGACAAGUGCUAUGAUCGAAUUCUGGUGGAGCAGUAGGAACAAUCACAAGAAAAUUCCCUGGGUAGCUUGGCAAAAGCUUUGUAAAGACAAGGACAAAGGAGGACUGGGCUUUAAGGACAUUGAAAAGUUCAAUCAAUCCUUGCUCGCAAAGCAGGCCUGGAGGUUAUGGAGCUCUCCGGAGUCCUUAUUAGGCCGUAUUCUAAAACAGAGGUACUUUGCUCGAACUUCCUUCCUUGAGAGUAGCGUGGGAACCAGGCCUUCUUUCGCUUGGCGUAGUAUUAUCCACGGUCGGGAGCUUCUGAAACAAGGUUUGUUCAAACAGAUCGGUGAUGGGAGGAACACGAAGGUGUGGCUAGAUAAUUGGGUGAUGGACCCUGUUCCGAGACCACCGAAUUAUAACCAAGAGGCUGUGGUUGAUUUAACUUUGACAGUGAGGGAUUUAAUCGAUGUUCACACAGGUUCUUGGAAUGAAAGUUUGGUGCGCCAGCUUAUUGCAGAGGAGGAUGUGACAUUAGUACUCAAUACUAAGAUUAUCCCAACCAGAACUGAUUAUCUUCGGUGGGGUUUCUCUCAACAUGGGAAAUACGAAACCAAAACUCUCCCGCCCUUAGAAACUCAGCUAUGGAAGAAGCUAUGGAAGACAAAAACAUCACCGAAACUGCGUCAUUUCUUGUGGCGCGUUUUAUCUGGAGCUCUUGCGGUUAAAUCUCAGCUUCGUUCCCGGGGAAUCCCUUUAGACACUACUUGUUCCGUAUGCAAUCAAGGCUCUGAGUCUGUCUGCCAUGUUUUGUUCCAUUGCACUACGGCUCAAGAAGUUUGGAAGGUGUCUGGUGUCCCCACGCCGCCUGCUGGAUGGUCCACUAGCUCGAUUUGGAAGGCUAGAAACAAGUUUUGUUAUGAGCAGGUUGCUCCUGUGGCAAAUGAUAUAGUGGUUGUAGCCAAUGAUGAGGCAUCUGUCUGGCUUAACCUUCAUGGUGUGCUAUCAGAAGUACCUUCAACUUCUUCGGUACAGCCCCCUGUUUCACCUUUAUGGACAAAACCACCAAGCUCGUUUUUGAAAUGUAAUGUGGGGUCCUCAUGGUCUCCGACUUCAGGUAUAGCUGGUGCCUCUUGGUUGAUCCGUGACUCCAAGGGAGAGGUUCUGUUACACAGUCGAAGAUCUUUCUGUGGCAUCACGUCGAAACCUCAAUGUGAUCUCUUGGCUUUAUCAUGGGCUGCAGAGGCAAUGUUGAUGUGGCUUAUUAAUGCGAUCCAGGGAAGCACCCUCCAUCAGGUUCCCGAGCUUUGUAACUCACCAGCACUGCAUAUUGCAGACAGUGUUAUCCGAGAUCAUCGUCUACAAUCUUAUGUCGCUAGUAAUGGUCCUAGUUGGUUAAGAUCUUCUAUAUCUAAUGAGGCUGCUGGGUCCUCGUGA